GAUUGUUUACGGUAUUGCGGUACGGUUGUUUGCGCUUUCCUUUCGAUACAAUACGCGAAACAAAACACAGUAAGACAUAAAGGUCAAGAAAAGUUAAUAUUUAAAAGUCUUUAGACAUAAUGGUAAAUGAUUACACCAUUUGUGGGUCAUUUUGUGACAGUUAACGGUCGAUAAUAAUAGGUCAAGAUACAAUGAGAUUGUUGUUGCAUCCAAUCACAAUGAGUUGUCUCAAGGUACCUUACCAGGCACGUGUGCCGGUAAUUCGAGGUCUUACACGUUUUCUCACGAUGGCUGAGGCCGCUUUGGUUCAAGACGGUCAAGACGGCGAAGUCAUCAUUGACUGCGUUGCAAUUUUUUACGAAGAAGGCAAAGGAGGGGAAAAUUAUCGCAAGAAAAAUAAGUUUCGAUGCCGGGUUUCAAGUACAGAAAAACGGCUUGUAAAGUUAAAGGAGAGGAUUUGGUAAGUUUGCUUCUUUAGUUCUUACCGGUGCGGCGUGUGAAAUAGGUCAGAUAGUCGAGAUAGAUGACUCAAAACUCGCACUAGACGUGCGUGGAAAGGGUUUUGGUUGGUUGGUUUUUUGUUUUUGUUUUCAAGCUUUCAAGAGUUAUUUCCAUACGAGUUAAUUAGCUGUUGGAUCGACCUAUAAGACCCUAUAAACAGAAUUGUCUAAACCCUUACCUGUCGUUGAUUUAUCGCAGACUGCGAAAUUCUACGAAACUGAGCCUCCUCUUAUGGGGCUGCUGUGCGACAAUGGACAGUGCGCCAAGAAACAAAAUGGCGAAGCAUGGUACUCUACCAGAAUUCAUGUACCAGAGAGAGUGUGUCGCAUUAGACAACCCGGUCACCAUCACUUCUGCGCAACAUGCAGGUGCCAAGGCCACCGAAACAGUGGAUGACCAAAUAGCAGAAGAUGAUACAGCAGAUGAGGAAUUGGUGGAUGAGUUCGAUCCUAGCAGUGAUGAGGAAAUUGAGGAAACUACUGAUGAAAGUGCGCUAGUUCUUCAAGGAACUCUUCAAGGGGAAAUCGGAAGCGCAGCAAACUUCCUCCUUGGUGCACGAUCUCGAUUUGGCAGAGUUAUUCGAUUUAAUAACCGUUUAUUGUACUGA